AUGUCUGAACACGAAGCCGCAGUUGAAGUUGAAGUCCAAGAAGACUUUGAAGUCGUUCAAGAAUUUGUUCCUGUUGAAUUGGCCACUGCCAUUCCAGAAGACAUUCAACAAGCUCAAACUGAGAUCAAGUUGUUCAACAAAUGGUCUUUCGAAGAUGUUGAAGUCAAGGACCCAUCUUUGGUCGACUACAUCCAAAUCACCAAGCCAAUCUACGUUGCCCACACUGCUGGCCGUUACGCCAACAAGAGAUUCAGAAAGGCUCAAUGUCCUAUCGUUGAAAGAUUGACCAACUCUUUGAUGAUGAACGGUAGAAACAACGGUAAGAAGUUGAAGGCUGUCAGAAUCAUCAAGCACACCAUGGAAAUCAUUAACGUUUUGACUGACCAAAACCCUCUACAAGUCAUUGUUGAUGCUAUCAUCAACUCUGGUCCAAGAGAAGACACCACCAGAGUCGGUGGUGGUGGUGCUGCCAGAAGACAAGCCGUCGAUGUCUCUCCAUUGAGAAGAGUUAACCAAGCCAUUGCUUUGUUGACCAUCGGUGCCAGAGAAGCUGCCUUCAGAAACAUCAAGACUAUCGCUGAAACUUUGGCCGAAGAAUUGAUCAACGCUGCUAAGGGUUCUUCCACUUCUUACGCUAUCAAGAAGAAGGAUGAAUUGGAAAGAGUUGCCAAGUCCAACCGUUAA